AGAGGUGUUCUAAAAUGGAAUGGACUGGCUGGUUGGAAGGGGAACUGCCCCUUAGUAGAUUCCAGUUCAAUUGGACCAACAUUUAUUGAGUGCUCACUAAAUGCCUUGUUCUGGAGUAAAACAAGGAACAGGACUUUGGAGGCCAUUAUGUCAAGGGACUCAAAGAAACCCUCAGGACCCAGCCGGGAGCCCAAGACACUGUCAAGCAAAAAGGAGAAGUCUCCACGGCCUCCCCUGUCCCGGUCGUGGAAACAGGACCGCGAGCAGACCCUGGCGGCAGCCUAUGUGCCCGUGGUGGUAGACCCGAGGGGACAGAGCCUGGAGAAGCUCAGGUUCGGCUUCUACACCUCCCAGUACUCCAACUCCCUGAACCCCUUCUACACCUUGCAGAAGCCCACCUGCGGCUACCUGUACCGGAGGGACACUGACCACACCCGCAAGUGCUUCGACGUGCCUCCUGCCAACCUGGUCUUGUGGCGUACCUAGGCCUCUGCCAGUCAGAAGGCCCCCCACCAGCUACACCCCGACCCCCCCGCAACCCUGGGUCCCGGGGAGAACGGCGGCUUGCUCCCGGGGAAGCAAGGGCUAAGACAGCUGUGCCCGGGCUAAGACAGCUGUGCCGUGCCCACUGUCAUCAAAGGCAAAGGGAGGUCUCUGUUCUCGGCAGCAAUUAAAGUUUGUCCUUCCUUUC